GCAUAGCUGUUAAAUGAUGAAGAAUUUGGGAGAGGUUGCCGGUGGUCCAGCCAAUCGCGUACCGAGGUGUGGCCCCGUGAAGGCGUGGCCAAAGCGAAGAGGGGCCGUCCCAGAAGCGGAAGUGUGUCUCGGCUGAUCUUUCGCUGUCAUUCGGCCACGGUCGGUUCCAGGAGAGAGGGGCAGCCAAGAAGCAAGCAAGCACACUCACACAGAGGAUCGGCUGGCUCUGAAGGAGAGACAGUUAGUGAGAAGAAAAGAAAAUAAAACGAACAAUGAAACCGAUCGAAUAAGGCUUUAUGAACGAACCGAGUAUAAGUCACACACUGCCACGUUAACAAAGCUCUUCGAUGAUACGGUCCAGAUUACAGGCAGCAGAUAGAGAGCUGUGUCAUUGAGCAGGCAGGACACGUCAGGAGAAGGGAGAGAGAAAAAAAAAAGAGCUGACCGACUGCACUGUACGAGUCAGCUACUAAAACCGCCUCUGAAAACCUUUGCCUGCCGCACUCAUUGUUUCAAGGACACCGUCUCGCUCUCAGCCCGAGGGAAAGGAUCUCGACACAGACGACGCCGAGGUCGAAAGGUGGUGAUCAGAAGGACCAAACGAUCACGGGAUAGCACUUGUCUGUGGGGGGAGAAAACAAAUGGGGGAUUACGGGUUUGGAGUUCUAGUUCAAAACAACACUGGCAACAAGUCUGCAUUCCCGGUCCGAAUCCACCCGCAUCUGCAGCCCCCUCAUCAUCACCAAAAUGUGUCGCAGAGCCCUGCCGCUUUCAUAAACAGCACCACAGCCGCAGGGAAUGGCACCACAGGAGGCUCUCCCUGGCUCUUCCCUGCCUCCGCCACCCACAACAGCGUGCAAGACGAAAUCCUGGGGGGGCCAGAAAAACCCAAAGCACAGCAGCAACAGGAAAUGCAAGAAACGCAAGAAAAGCAGCAGUUGUCUCCCGGGAGUCACCAAGAGGGUGGAAGUGGUGGUGGGAUAAUUUCAGAAUUGGAAAAAGCCAGGUCCGAUGAAGGCAAGACAGAGAAUGGCACAUCUGACAGCAGUAAUGGAAAAGAGAAGCAGCUCCGUCUUGAGUCACCUGUUCUGACAGGCUUUGAUUACCAGGAGACAUCUGGUCUCGGGGGUACGGGCCCAGUUCAGUCCAGUACAACCUCGUCAUCGCUUUCUGGCUUCAACAACUGGUCACCCGCCAUCCCGCCUGCGCCAUCAACAAUCAUUAAUGAGGAUGUCAGCUUUUUCAACCCGGCGUCUGCCAGUAACGGGCCUCUGCUGUUCCAGAACUUCUCACACCACGUCAGUCCAGGGUUUGGUGGGAACUUCUCCCCCCAGAUCGGACCAGCUGCUGCCUUGUCCCAGCACCACCCGGCUCCCCCACCCCAUCCCCAUUUCCAGCACCCCCACAGCCAGCACCAGCAGCAUCGGCGUUCUCCAGCUUCUCCCCACCCGCCACCGCCCUUCCCACACAGGAAUGCAGCUUUCAGCCAGUUGCCGCAUUUGUCCAACAGCCUGAACAAGCCCCCGUCUCCCUGGGGUCCAGCCAGCUACCAGAGUCCUUCUCCCUCCCCCGGCUCCUCCACUUCCUGGAGUCCCGGAGGAGGAUAUGGUAGUGGUGGCGGCUGGGGAGGAUCUCAAGGCAGAGAUUAUCGACGCGGGCUGAAUGGCGGGAUGACUCCCAUUAACUCUAUCUCGCCACUGAAGAAGACCUUCCCUAACAACCAUGUGGCAUCCCAGAAGUACCCUCGAAACAGUCCCGCAGGCUUUAACCCCAAGUCCUGGAUGGAUGAUGGAGUUGGCCGCAGCGAUAACAUCUUCCCCUUUCAGGAGCGCACCAGGUCAUUUGACAGCUUCAACAUGAACACUCUGGAGAGCUCCCUGAUUGACAUCAUGAGAGCUGAGCAGGACAGCCUGAAAGGUCGUCUUGGUUUCCCCCACCCAGGAGGGGACAACCCUCUUCCCCUCAAUGCCAGGAAUUAUAGCAGGAGACGAGGUCACUCUUCUCUCUUCCCCAUAGAGGAUGGUUUCCCUGAUGAUGAACGUGGAGACCAGGGUCUCGCAGGCCUAGGUUCCCCACACUGCUUUCCGCACCAGAACGGAGAGCGUGUGGAACGCUACUCCCGCAAGGUCUUUGUUGGAGGACUGCCCCCAGAUAUAGAUGAAGAUGAGAUAACAGCCAGUUUCAGACGCUUUGGACACCUGUUUGUGGACUGGCCUCACAAAGCUGAGAGCAAAUCCUAUUUUCCUCCCAAAGGCUAUGCCUUCCUGCUGUUCCAGGACGAGAGCUCAGUGCAGGCUUUGAUCGAUGCCUGCAUCGAGGAGGAUGGCAAGCUGUACCUCUGCGUGUCCAGCCCCACCAUCAAAGACAAGCCGGUCCAGAUCCGCCCGUGGAACCUGAAUGACAGCGACUUUGUGAUGGAUGGAUCUCAACCUCUUGACCCAAGGAAAACCAUCUUUGUGGGAGGAGUUCCUCGCCCGCUCCGUGCAGUGGAGUUGGCCAUGAUAAUGGACCGCCUGUACGGUGGAGUUUGCUACGCUGGCAUCGACACAGACCCCGAGCUGAAGUACCCCAAGGGAGCGGGGCGGGUCGCCUUCUCUAAUCAGCAGAGCUACAUUGCUGCUAUCAGUGCUCGCUUUGUACAGCUGCAGCAUGGAGAAAUCGAUAAACGGGUGGAAGUGAAGCCAUAUGUGCUGGAUGACCAGCUGUGCGAUGAGUGCCAGGGAACUCGCUGCGGUGGGAAGUUUGCGCCGUUCUUCUGCGCCAACGUCACCUGCCUACAAUACUACUGCGAGUACUGCUGGGCGGCCAUCCAUUCGCGCGCCGGCCGCGAGUUUCACAAACCCCUGGUGAAAGAGGGAGGCGACCGACCCCGUCACAUCUCCUUCCGCUGGAACUGAGCGGAAAUUAGAGAGGGAGAGGCAACAGAGGAGCAGGAGGGCAGGUAGUGCAGGAGUCGCAAAAUCAUUGUACAAAUAAAUGCACUUUUCUGUUGCUGGUUCCUUUUUGCUCCACUUUCACCCGACAUUUUUUGCAAUUUUUUGUUAAAUUAAUAUUUAAAGACGGAAAAGAAAGAUUGGAUUUAUAUCCAGAUAUGUCGAGGAAGCAAAAAAAAGAUGUGUAAUAUGAUUUUAUUUAUAUGUUUGAUUUUUAAAAUAUUUUUAUUAGUUCUAAAAAAAAAAACAUAUAUAGAAAAGUUUGAGGUGUGAUAUGGUACUCUGCUAUUUUAAUUGGGAUAUUUUUCUAAACAGUGUAUUUAAUUUUAAUUUUGAUACAAGAGGCCCCGAAACAAAUUGUCAUUUGACAUUCA